ACAGGCUUCCAGGACGUGCAUGUGAUGAUCUUCGUGGGCUUCGGCUUCCUAAUGACCUUCCUGCAGCGCUACGGCUUCAGCGCAGUGGGCUUCAAUUUCCUGCUGGCCGCCUUCGGCAUCCAGUGGGCACUGCUCAUGCAGGGCUGGCUCCACAACUACCAGAAUGGCUACAUCUACCUAGGCUUGGAGAGCCUCAUCAAUGCAGAUUUCUGCGUGGGCUCUGUCUGCGUGGCCUUCGGGGCGGUCCUCGGCAAGGUCAGCCCGAUCCAGCUGCUCAUCAUGACGCUCUUCCAAGUGACCCUCUUCGCGGUGAAUGAGUUCAUUCUCCUCAAUGUGCUGCUGGUGAAGGAUGCAGGUGGUUCCAUGACCAUCCACGUUUUUGGUGCCUACUUUGGGCUAACAGUGACCCGGAUCCUCUACCGACCCAACCUGCAGCAGAACGAGGAGAGGCAGAGUUCUGUGUACCACUCAGACCUCUUUGCAAUGAUCGGCACCCUCUUCCUGUGGAUGUAUUGGCCCAGCUUCAACUCAGCUGUGUCCAACCACGGGGAUGCCCAGCACCGGGCUGUCAUCAACACCUACUGCUCCCUGGCAGCCUGCGUGCUCACCACGGUGGCACUGUCCAGUGCCCUGCAGAAGAAGGGCAAGCUUGACAUGGAGCACAUCCAGAAUGCCACGCUGGCGGGAGGCGUGGCUGUGGGCACUGCUGCUGAGAUGAUGCUCAUGCCCUAUGGCUCCCUCAUCGUGGGCUUCUUCAGUGGCAUCGUCUCCACGCUGGGCUUCGUGUACCUGACGCCUUUCAUGGAGACCCACAUGCACAUCCAGGACACGUGUGGCAUUCACAGCCUACAUGGCAUGCCCGGCCUCAUCGGGGGCAUCGUGGGUGCCGUGACAGCAGCCACAGCCAGCUCUGAAGUGUAUGGGCACCAAGGGCUUGCUCAUGCCUUUGACUUUGAAGGGGCCAACAAAAACAGGACCACAUACCUUCAGGGCAGCUACCAGGCCGCUGGCAUCUUUGUGUCCAUAGCCGUGGCCCUGGUGGGCGGCAGUGUGGUGGGAGCCAUUCUGAAACUGCCAUUCUGGGGACAGCCUGCCACGGAGAACUGCUUUGAGGAUCACGUCUACUGGGAGCUGCCUGAGGAACGGGAGAACACCUACCGCCCCGAGGACCCUGCGCUCAAGCCGGUGACCCCUUGAACUUGUAGGCGUGGCGAGAGGCAGGCUCCGUGGAUGGCCCCCAGCCUGCGGCAGCUGCUGACACUGACCUGGCUGGGAAUAGACAAGCAAGGCUGGCAGCACCCUGCUGGCAGUCCAAGACUCCUCUCCUGCCCAUCCUCCAAGGAGGCCUGCCUGGGACUGCAGGAGGAGGAACUGCGGCUACAGUGGGUGUCCAGGUCAGGUGUUAUCCAGGAUCUAGGUGACCGCAUCCUGACGGUGGCAGCCCAGGAGUGGGGCUGGGGCUUAGAACUAAGUCCUAGGAGGGGACAACUCAGUUGCCAGUCACUGCUUGCUGGGCUCUUCCACCCCGUCUGCCCCUGCAAUGAGCACUGCCCAUCUUCUGUGCCGUACAGAUGACAGCCUCCCUGAAUAAAGGCCUUGAGCUCUUUGUAGAAUGA